ACAUUACAGCAGCUCGUGCCGGCUCCGUCUGUUUCCUCCGCUGUGCGUCUCGAGGGCGCACAAACCGGCGCACCGACAGCACCGGACUGUCACCGUGGAUUCAGUUUUUAUCGGCUGUGCCUCUUUUGAACUUUUCUCGCUCCCUGCGAGCUCGUGACGCCGUCUCCUCCCUCUCGUGGUCCCGAGACCGAGAGCCAUGGCAGAGAAGCGGCGGUCCCCGUGCGCGCUGAGCGUCAAGGCGCACGCGUUCUCGGUGGAGGCGCUGAUCGGAGCGGAAAAGAGACGCAGGACGUCCGCAGAGGAUGCCGUGUCCCCCGGCUACGAGGACGGAACGGAUGUGCCUGAUCUCACCGGGAGCCCGGGUCCACGAGCCGACAGAGCGUGCACCAGCGACCGAGGCAGCGAGGCGGAGUGUGCAAGUGACGGAUCCCCAGAGAGCGAGGACGCGCUGCUGGAGAGCCCGCAGCCUGCAGCUCUGUGCGCGGCGCCGGUGACCGGCAGCGGAGAGGAGACCCGGGUCGACCUGCAGGGAUCGGACCUGUGGAAACGGUUCCACGAGAUUGGCACGGAAAUGAUCAUUACUAAGGCUGGACGGCGGAUGUUCCCCGCUAUGCGUGUGAAGAUUACGGGCCUGGACCCACAUCAGCAGUAUUACAUUGCCAUGGAUAUAAUCCCCGUGGACAACAAACGGUACAGGUACGUGUACCACAGCUCCAAGUGGAUGGUAGCGGGGAACGCGGACUCGCCUGUGCCGCCCAGAGUCUACAUCCACCCGGACUCCCCGGCCUCAGGAGAGACGUGGAUGCGUCAGGUGGUCAGCUUCGACAAACUCAAACUGACCAACAACGAGCUGGACGACCAGGGACACAUCAUUCUGCACUCAAUGCACAAGUACCAGCCGCGGGUGCACGUGAUCCGCAAGGAGUGUGGAGAGGAGUUAUCCCCAGUGAGAGCCAUCCCUGCUGGGGAAGGCACCCGCACCUUCGCCUUCCCCGAAACUGUGUUCACCACCGUCACUGCGUAUCAGAAUCAACAGAUUACAAGGCUGAAAAUUGACAGAAACCCGUUUGCCAAAGGCUUCAGAGACUCUGGCAGAAACCGGAUGGGUCUGGAGGCUUUGGUCGAGUCUUAUGCAUUCUGGCGUCCAUCUCUGCGAACACUCACUUUUGAGGACAUCCCUGGCAUCACUAAGCAAGGGAUCCCCGGAGCUCACGGCGGUAUCGGAGCAUCAUCUCACCUGCUCUCCACGUCCCCGUGCUCCUCACCUUUCCAGGUCUGCCCUCUCAGCCCGCCGGACUACACCUGCAGCCGACCCACACACCCUCUCCAUCGUUACAGCAACGCCCCGGAGCCGUUCCCCCCUCCCAGAGGUCCAUCUGCGUACGAAGGCGAAGGAUUCUGUUCCCUGCCUCUCCCCGCGUCCCAGCUCGGCUAUCUAUCCAACCCCACCCCGCAGGGUUACGCCGGGCUUCGCCUCCACACGCCUCCCUACAGCCUGUACGGUUACACAUUCCCUCCGUCACCACGCCUCGCAGCCAGCCCUGAUAAAAUGGCGGCCGCUGCCACUGCCAAUCAUCAGAGCCCUUUCCUUGGCUCGUCUCCCAGCGGGACUCUAACGGACAGUCUGGGUGUCCUCAGCGGAGGACAGCAGGGAUUCUUGUUUGACUCCCGGACUUUAGGACUGGCAGGUAGCCAGCCGGGAGGAGGGGCCUCGCAGGUCACUGCCCACAUGGGCUGAAUUUGACUCCAGACAUCUCAUGAAAAACAAAAUGACACCCUGGAAUGGGUGUAAGUUGCUUUUGGUUCAGAACGAAUGAAUCAUCCGUGUGCUGAACAAGCAUCGGGACAAACAGAGAGGAGGGACAGAUGAAGCCACCGACUCUGUGAGCAUUCAGAGCUCCUCUGAACUGAAGGGAAUAUUUUACCAAGUUCUUAUUUUCCAGUUACGUUCUCUCGGACAUGCAUGUGCAGCUGCAGUGGUCACUAAAGGGAGAAACUUCCUGCGGCUUUGGAUAAGGAGUCCAAACUCAGUGACUGAACUGGAACUGAAAAUGGAUUGGGCAGAAACUGGGCUGGCCCCGGCACUCAAAGCGAGCACUUCAACCCCUGGCAGGAGGCCCCGAAGCAGAAACCGUUUUACUCACACAGCAGUCGACAUCACCGCCGUCAUCCUGCCCUCUCUGGAUGGAGUUACUGAACACCACUUAAAAUCUUUUAUGGGAUACGUUGACUAAAUUCCAUUUGUCAAUUAAAUUCUCUGUCACACCUGGUGGUGUUCUCCAUCAAGUCUGUGGAAUAACAAACAUGUAGCUCAAGUCCAUCUAGUAAAAAGCACUCCAGGCUGAGCCUUUUCACCACUCACACUUAAAUUUUUUUUUUACACAUAACACCAGGAGCCUGUCCAACACGUUGUCAUCCCAACUCGCUAAAUACCACUAUUCCAUCAGUGAACCUACACCUAAAAACUGGAUGCACCAGGUACCCUCUCGCAUCAGUUUUGGGCGUUCAAGGAUGCCGUGUCAGUUUCGGAUUGUUACGUGCUUUCAACAUACACUUCAACUUUCACAGGAAAUUUACAGUUUACGUUCGUUGCCUGUAUACUAGGGGUGUAAAUCACAAGUUUCACCGCGAUACAAUAUUAUAUCAGUUCCCAGGACAAGGAAAUUAUAUUUGCUGAUAUCACAACUUCUGCAACGAUUCGAUUUCCACUCGAUUUAAUGCAGGGGCCUGUGAUCGACAUGAAAUUAUAUCAAUAAUAUCCACGUGGUCUGGCACUUGGCUGAUAGCACAGUUUGAUUUUUUAUGAAGGAGACAAAAACGUGCCUUGGGAAUUUCAAAAUACAGGAUGUACUUUUAAGAUAAUAUGUAUUGAUGUUUUUACUUAGCACAUCCUUUAAUCACUAUAUCGAUCCAGACAGAUGUGUUACCCCCCUGAUGCAGACAGUCUUUAAAUAGAAAACCGAAAACAUACGUCAAACACUUAUGUUUAAAAAAAAAAAACAUUGUGGUUGCGCUUUAAAUAGUUAUUACUAAUGUAAUGUCACUUCAUUGACAUACAUCACGUGACGUGUCACAAGCAUUGAAUUAUACACAUUCUAGCACACUGCAUUGUUAUUAAAAAUAAUUCCAUCAAUUUUUGGUUUCACACAGGAAACAAACAGCAGUUUCCCGGGUAAAAGACCAGAGUUUGUUUGAACUAUUGACAUCCCCUCCUACCCAUCCUAUGCAGACUUUGUCGCUCUUUAUCCAACAGUUGUUGCCGGAGGCGUCACAGACUGUUGCUGCCCGCUGUGUAUCAUGCAAGUGGCAAACUAUGAAAGUGAAAAAUGAAGCCAAUGCACAAGUGCCAAAAACUGCAGUUCCUGUAACAGCCACUUAAGACUUGCUCCAAAACAGAGUCAGUCCCCAUAGACUCACGUUAAAAUGCCCAACUUAGCAAACUUAAACAAGUUUACAGUCUGAUCCAAAAAUGGUUUGUCUCUGUAGUUAAUCUCAACAUUCAUAACAACUUUACAGGGAUGAAUUUCAUAUAAAUCACCUGUUUACGUUUUACGUAUUUAUUGUUGCCCAAACAUGAUCACUUCUGGCUCCAGAAACCAGGAUAGCAACACCCGAAAUGCUGAACUGGAGGGUUCAAAAUAGCAGUCACAAACCAGUGGGGGACACCACAGAGGCUACAUCCAUUAUUUAUACGAUCUAUGAUAUCGUACCGCCAUGAACGGUACCUCUGUGUGUUGGCGUCUGACGCUAAAGUCAAUUGACAAAACGGCAGUAUUUGACGAGUUGGGUUGUUGCCUGCUGCACGUUGUGUAUCGUAUGGACGCAAAGCAUGGCUCUGUGUGUCGGUGUCGGAAGCUGAGAUACGCUGACAAAACUGAGGCAUUUGACGAGCUGAAAGUGAAAACAAGCUGGCUUGUCACGUAUUAACAUGAUGACAUCACGGCCAUCGGAGAUAUCUCGCUGACAGCUAUGGACUGACGAGGUUAAUGCAGCGAGAGAAUGAUGGAUGACGGACUGAUCCACAUAUUCUGCGUCUGGUUUGACAGACGUCUACUUGAUGCAGCUGUUUGGACGUCAGGCCGAACAUCUACCCUUGUGUGACACAGACGUAACUGCACAUGAUGACUCUGUAUAUAGGGGAAAGGAG